GGGAGGAGGGCUGUGCUGCUGGAAUAGAACCCCUCAUUCAGGUUCAACCUCGGGAGCCAGGUCUCAGAAGGAUUCUGAGCUGCACACGGUGAUGGAGACCCCUCUUGAGAAGGCCCUGACCACCAUGGUGACCACCUUCCACAAAUAUUCGGGGAAAGAGGGCAGCAAACUGACCCUGAGUAGGAAGGAACUAAAAGAACUUAUCAAGACAGAGCUGAGUCUUGGGGAGAAGAUGAAGGAGAGCAGCAUUGAUGACCUGAUGAAGAGUCUGGAUAAAAACAGCGACCAGGAGAUCGACUUCAAGGAGUAUUCUGUGUUCCUGACCACGCUGUGCAUGGCCUACAAUGACUUCUUCCUGGAGGACAACAAAUAACAAGGGCUCUCCUCCACCAUCACUAGUAGCCCUUGUCCUUGGCAGCUCCUCUGAUAGACCCUCUUUGCCCCUCUAUUCUCCUGCUCUUCCCAGAUGAACCCCU